UAUCGGCCCACCCCAUUUUUGAUUCCCCCUCCCCUUGCCCGCCGCCGUUUCGUCUCCCCUCGACCUACCCCAAAUCCACACCAUCCCUCACGGCGGCGCCGCCGCCACCUCCACUCCCACCGCCACGGCGGCUGCCGGCGUCUCCCUCCAUUGGCGACCAUCGCGCGCGCCGCCGCCCUCCUCACCGCUCGGCUCCUCCUGCGCGGGCGCAUGGCCUCCUCCGCCUCCGCCGCCGCCCUCCUCGUCCUACCCUUCCCCUCCCCAUCUUCCUCCGAGGACUCUGACGACCCCAGGCUCCUCCCGCCCCCGCCCCCGCCCGCGCCGGAGGCAGCCUACCCGCCUCCGCAGCAGCAGCAGCGGUGGCAGAGCCCGGAGCGCGACUGCAACGUGCUCAUGAAGGCGCUGGCGCGCGCGGGGGACGUCGACGAGGUGGUCGACCUCUUCGCCAAGCUCAGGAGCUCAGCCUCCAGCGCCGGCGUAGCGCCCAACGUGCUCUGCUACAACACGCUCAUCAACGCGCUCGCGGAGGCCGGCCGCGAGGGGGAGGCCCGCAAAGCUUUCGACGAAAUGCUCGCGGCGCGCGUUUUGCCCAACGAGUCGACCCUCAACAUCCUCGUCAAGCUGUACGCGUGGUGGGCCGCGGAGUUCGACACCGCGUACGAGGUGAUCUUCCGGUUGCGGGGUUUCGGGGUGGAGGCCGACGUCGGCACCUACUCCACGCUCAUCACGGGGCUGUGCCGGGCCGGGAGGCUGGACGAGGCGUUGGGCGUGCUCGACUCGAUGCUGGAGGAAGGGUGCCUCCCUAUGGUGCACACGUACACGCCGAUCGUGCAGGGGUAUUGCCGUGAGGGCCGUAUCAAAGAGGCUAAGAAGCUGAUAGCCAUGAUGGAGUGUGCCGGUUGUCCUCCCAAUGUUGUCACUUACAAUGUCCUGAUCCGGGCGUUGUGCGAUGACGCCAGAUUCGAUGAAGUCAAGGAGAUUUUAGCGGAGAGUAGAACCAAGGGGUGGAAGCCCAGUACAGUCACCUACAAUACCUACAUGAACGGUCUCUGCAAGAAAGGCAUGACCAAGGAAGCGCUUCAGCAGUUGGAUGUCAUACUAAGUGAAGGGUUGGAUCCCACGGCUUAUACUUUGAGUAUUAUUCUAAAUUGCCUUUGCCAUAACUCGAUGGUUUCGGAGGCCAUUUCUGUAUUAGAGAAUAGCACAGCGUUGAAUUUGUGUCCUGGAGUUGUUGCAUACAACACUGUGAUGAGCAGGCUACGUGACAUGGGCAGAUGGUUGGAUGUUUUGAAGCUUGUGACAGACAUGAUUAAGAGAGGUAUUGAUCCAAACACGCGGACGUUCAACAUUUUGAUCCAUAGUCUUUGCAUUGGGGGAAAGUCCUCCAUAGCCAAGAAUCUUGUCUAUAGUCAAGGGUUUGCCGCAAAUAUUGUGACAUACAAUACACUCAUUCAUUGGUUUUACUACCGUGGAAAGGUUACUGAGGUGCACCACCUGAUUGCGGACAUGGAUGUAGCUGUAGAUGAAGUCACCAAUACCAUAAUGGUUGAUGGAUUAUGCAGAGAGCAAAAAUUUGACGAGGCUACUCGUUGGUUUCUAGAAUCUCUCGAGAGUGGAUUCUCAAGGGAUCUUCUUACUGUCCUUAUAAACAGGCUUGUUCACAGUGAUAGAAUAAUUGAGAUUCAUAGAACAUUCACAGGGAUGAAAGAAAACAAAAAGGGUUUCCCCCCUGAUUACAGUAUAUUUGACUAUACAAUAAGAUCAUGCUGUAGGGUUGGUUUCUGUCACGACAGAAAUAUUUUUAAGCUGAAGAUUAUUCUGAAUACCAUGUUGGGACUUCAGAAGGAAGUAAACUGAGCCCAUUAGGGUCAAUGAGAGAGAUAAAUGAUCGCAGGCAAGGUGACAAUAGCUUGCAAUCAACAAGCUGUCGCAGAGAUGGGAUCUAUGCGGUGUAAUUUGCCAUCAAUGCACCAGCCUUUGUGAGUGCAGUCUGGCUGAACUUGAGCAUUAGGACCUAGCUGGUAUUGGUGAUUUCAAAACCAACAUUAUGUUGAUUGUCUGUUACACUUUGCGGGACUUGGGGAGGAAGUAAACUCAGCCCAUAAGGGUCAAGGAAAGAGAUAAAUGAUCGCAGGCAAGAUGAUAACAGCUGUUGCAGAGAUGGAUCUAUGCGGUGUAACUUGCCAUUAACGCAACAAUGCACCAGUCUAUUGUGAGUGCAGUCUGGCCUGACAUGGUAAUUUGUGAUUUCAAAACUAGCAUUAUGUUGAUUGUCUGUUAUGUUUUGGUGCUUAUUUGGAGGUAUUGGUCCUUUCACGGUUUUCUAGUACCUAUUGAGUUCUCAUUUGUUCAAUAGGAUCCGUGUAUGCAGCGGGAUCACAUGAUUAAGUUGGGUGAAGUGUUUCAGCUGCUGUGUGCAUUCUUUACUAUCUGCAAAAGACAGAAUGCAGAGUGCACAGUGUUGGACUUGCUCUAGUUUCAUUGAAAUAUUCAAAAAAGCUGAAGAGUGACAGGUAUAAACCUUUUCGCUUUACUUUUAAAUUUUAAUUAAGUGAUGUGGCUAGAGCAGGUGCAGUUUGCCUAUUGUGAUCAGAAUUCUUUGCUGUGACAGUCAAACUGCCAUUGUUCUAAAUAAUUGUAAACAGUAAAAUUAUCACCCUACUGAUUGGUAUUUAUAUUGUAAAUGGUUCUACUAUUUAUAAUUCAAAUAUAACAAAAUGACCAUCGAAGACGCUUUCCGCUCCCCAGUUCAGGGUGCUUUAGAUAUUCCUGUUUGGAACGUUUUCUUUUAUGACCAUUUUUAGUCAUGCAGGUUGGCAUAUAGUCAUUUCUCAACCUUUUCUUGUGCAACUUUUGUGUUUUAUACUUAUUCUAUGAUACUGUUUUCUAGCACGGUAAGAUUACCGACUGCAGCCUUCACUAGAUAAAGAAUUGUGGCGUUAAUUAGAAAGCAAUGAUACAACAAAGCCCGAAAGGUUUACUUUCCUAAACAAUAUUGUGAGCUACAUGCUUUGCCACAGUACAUAUAGAGAUGCUAAUGGUUGGAUACCUAAUCCAAAGUACGAAAGUCCAGGUUACAUCCAAAGUAAUUUGACCAGUACAAUUCAAAUAAACCGGACCCCAUAGUCAUACAUACUGAACAUCAUGAAAUCCAGGGAUAGUCCAUGUCUAUGAAUAUGAAAAGAAACAGAACAGAGCCUCGGUCUUGUAGACAAACAAAUGUAAGCAUCCAUGCCGUGGAUGAUGGCCUGACCUGAGAAUUGGGCCACGGGCUGCAGCGAUGCGGCCGUGGACUUUCACCUCCACAGCAAUAUCUGUUCAACAGUUUUGUGGGGAGUGCAUGGUCAGGGUCAUCUUCUCCUGAAUGGUCCAAUUGGGGCCAAAUGCAUGACCGAAAGCGUCGCCACCACCAUUGUACUUGUUAGAGUUUUCUGGGUCAUGGAGAUGCCGCAGCCGUCGCUGCCUCCUCCUGGUGGUCCUGCGGCCGGUGGUAGCAAGGCCGACUGGAUGACGGUGGAGUGCAGCCGCUGGAAUCAGAUGAACGCCCUUUACUCCCGCCUGGACUCUUCGCUUGGUAGCAGCUGGCCGUCGUCUGCAGCCACAGUUCGUGCACAUAUUGAUAUAUAAAUACAUCAUGAUUCAUGCAUGUAAGUAAGCGCAUGCACGUUGGCUUGAUCGAUGUAUGCUGAUUUCUGUCAGGCGGCGCAGGGACAGGCUGCGUGAGGCGGCGUACAUGCGGGCGGAUGGGGGCGGAUGGCGGAGACGGUGGAGGCUCAAGGAGAGGAAGCUGGAGCUGACGGCGAGGGCCUCGUCGUCCCAGGGCUCCGUCUCUGGCUCUGACUCCUCGUCUAGGCCGGAAGUGGAGGUGCAGUACCUGGGGUCUGGCGGCCUGCACGGUACGGUGCGCACCGUGGAGGCCGGCGGCGAGGUGCAGAACGCACACUUCUCGGUGAUCAGCGCCAGGGCCACCUACACCAUCCACACGCUGGUGGCAGGGGAACAUGGAGGCAUUGAGACAUGAGAGGGUGGUGCAAAGAUUCAAGGGAGCACUACGUGGAGAUGCACGAUCAAUACAAUUAGGGUGAUGCUAUUUUACAGAUGCCUUUUUUUUUUUGGGUUAAGAACCGUGUGAUCAAGCAACUGUCAUGGGCAGUUAUGCCCGCCCGUUGGGGAACGGACGUCUCCCCAGUGGGCAAACGGCCACUCAUCAUGUAUAUAAAGACAUUGAAUCAUGAAUGAAUAGAUCGGCAAUUCACUCUCAA